AUGAAUACAACUACUUGUGCUCCAGAGCUAGAACUGAGCACUCCCGGAAGACAGAACACUGACCGAGAACCGACUCCGGCUCCGGGGAGCGCUACCAAGAAUAUUACUACACAGGAGAAUGUUCCUCAACCCAGCGGACUGCCUUCUCCUAUUUGCUUCCGUAUUAGCGGAAUUCCUCCACACUGGGAUAGCAAAGACGUCAUGGACUACUUAACGAACCAUAUCGAUGGAGAAUUAGACUGGAGCACGGCGAAGCUGUCUGGCUCUUUCCCAUCCCCUUUUGACGAUACGCAGUGCGCUUUACUCGGCUUGGAUUGCUGCACAAACUCCCUCCGCACAAGAUUUUCACAUCAGCAUAACGUGGAACACCCGGUCGUUGAAGUAAAUCGGGAAACCUUUCACAUGGUGAUCGACAGACACUUUUACGACUUGACCCCGAUGAACAAACCCACACUGCCAAUCGUCGCAGACCUGGUCCACCCUAAUGAUAUGCGAAUGUGGGAUUACGUGAUGAAGUUGGAAGUAGCUCUCAACAACGCUCGGCGUUACUGCCAGGAUCGGAAAAUCGUAUUUAUCGGGCAUAGUCUGGGGGGAAUUCUGAUUAUCCAGCUACUAAUUGAAUGGAUGUACAGGCAUACUGGGGUAGUUACAAAAUUUAAGGGAGUUGUGUAUUCCUUUUUUGAAAUAGAGAAAACACAAAAGGUGGGCACGAGGACCGAUGAACGGGCAGCUGAACGUGUUCAAAGGUCAAGUCGCACAGGAAUGGCCAAGCUGAGCUCGGUGGACGACCCUAUCUUCCAAACCGUCGUUACAGGAAUUAAGUACUGUCUCGGCAGUAACGACCGUGAGAGAAUCCUAGAACGCCUAGAAUGGAACUCGCCCAAGGAUGGCAACUGGCAAGGUCGUAUAGGCCGGCCUAGACAUAUCGACGGACCAGACAAACUUGAUGGCUUGGAAAAUUCAAAAGAAUUUUGCUGGUUAUUCCACAACUCCAACUACAAAGAUUGGUCUAAAAGAGAUAAGAGUGAUAAGCUCUUAAUUGUUGGCGGGUAUCACAACUUAGAAUCUGUCAUAUCAUAUCAUCAGCGAGUCUUCCCAAAGAUGGAAACCUCUUGCUUAUCUCUCUGCUAUUUACACAGGUCCCUAGUCCUGAUGAAUACGGUUAUAGAUAGUGCAAAUGCAGAGGUAGUGUGGACACUAUUUCGAGAAGCCGUGGAUACUUGCUCACAGGAAGUGCAAGACUUGAUAUGGACAAUUCCUCGGAGGCUUAUUACAAUCCAUGACCGACGAUUCACUACUCGUGCUGAAAUCUAUUCCAAACUUGGGGACUCAAGAUGUCUUGAAUGCCUCAUCUCCCUCUAG